GGGCGGCGCCAGCCCCGGCAUUGGCCGCGCGCACCCGGGAGGGUCUGUGUGCAGCCCCCGAGCGCGGCGCGGGCGAUGGAGGGGGAGGGGCAGGCCCCUCCGCCUCGGGGUGAGCGCGCAAGGCCUGGGCGCUCGCGCCGCCCUCCUCGCUUUAACUCAAACGCGAACGCACAGCACAGGGCCGCUGCUACGCGCGUGCGCAAUGUAGGAGCGCUCCUUCCCCGGCAAAUCCGGUCUCGUUCAACUUCCGGUUCAAAGGACCCAGGCGCUUCCGGAAAGCGGCCGGGCGGGCUGGAGACUCCGGCGUGAAGCGGCGGCCGGGCCCGGGCCAUGCAGAGGAAUGAAUUUGGAGAGAUGUCAUCCCCACAAGAUGUAGAUGUGACCAGGCCUGCUCGGAAACAGAGCUCUAAAAAAAGAGUUUCUAUUCUUGCAUCACUGGAUGACAGUCUUGGUAAUGGAAUAUCAAGAGGCCAGAUAGUUCCCCGAACUCCAGGGUCAUUGCUUCGCCAGUCCUUUACUCCACAAACACGAGGUUUCACAAAGCAGCUAGAUAUGUCUACCAUCCUGGGAACAGGAGGGAAAUCGCCUCAAUUUACGCAUACUCCUGGAUUCUUUGGCCAUCUGUCUAUGUUGGAUGACAGCAAUUGGACAGCUGCACUCACACCUCCGCAUACAGGAAUGUACACAAACCUAGACUUGUCCAAUGUGACAGAGGAUGUCACCAUGAGUGCUGUUCUGUUGCGUGAGGAUGAUCCCGGAGAAGCUGCUACUAUGAGUAUGUACUCAGAUUUUCUGCAUUCGUUUUUGAAGCACACUUCAACUACCGUUUUUGAACUUGUAGAAGAGUAUGAGAAUACUUGUAAUAACCAGGUGAAUAUACUGGGGAAAAUAGUUUACCGAGCAACUCCUGGACAGCAGAAGUUUUCAAAGACUGCCAGUGUUCUGUGGCUUCUCAAGCAAGAGAUGGUAACCUGGAGACUACUGUCCUCACUUUACAGAGAUAGAAUACAGUCUGCCCUGGAAGAUGAAACAAUGUUUGAAAUUGCGGUUCUAAAUGCUAGCGAAAAGACGGCUGUAGGCAUCUUGUUUCAGAAAGACUCAUUGGUUCGACAAAGCCAGCUGGUGGUAGAUUGGUUAGAGAGUAUUGCCAAGGAUGAAAUUGGAGAUUUCUCUGACAACAUUGAGUUCUAUGCAAAAUCUGUAUAUUGGGAGAAUACUCUACAUAUUUUGAAGCAGCGACAGUUCAGCACAUACAUUGGAAGUACUCGUCCCCUGGUAACUGAACUAGACCCAGAUGCCCCCAUAAGACAGAAAAUGCCACUCGAUGAUUUGGAUCGAGAAGAUGAUGCCAGGUUACUCAAGUACCUAUUCACUCUUAUCAGAGCUGGGAUGACGGAUGAAGCACAACGCCUGUGCAAACGAUGUGGUCAGGCCUGGAGAGCUGCAACUCUUGAAGGGUGGAAACUGUAUCAUGAUCCGAACGUAAAUGGAGGAACAGAGCUGGAACCAGUGGAAGGGAAUCCAUAUAGAUGCAUUUGGAAAAUCAGCUGUUGGCGAAUGGCAGAAGAUGAGCAGUUUAAUAGAUAUGAGAGAGCAAUCUACGCAGCACUCAGUGGGAACCUCAAACAGCUUCUUCCAGUUUGUGAUACCUGGGAAGAUACAGUCUGGGCAUAUUUCCGGGUCAUGGUGGAUUCGCUGGUAGAGCAGGAAAUCCGUACAUCAGUAAUGACCUCAGAGGAACUGGAAGAGCUCCCUAGAGAGUAUUUAGAAACAAACUGGACUUUAGAAAAGGUUUUUGAAGAACUCCAGGCUACAGACAAAAAGAGAGUUUUAGAGGAGAACCAAGAACACUAUCAUGUGAUUCAGAAGUUCAUUAUUUUGGGAGAUGUGGAUGGCUUGAUGGAUGAAUUUAACAAAUGGCUUUCCAAAGACAGAAGUGUGCUCCCAGGGCACCUCCUUCGGUUCAUGACGCAUCUUAUUCUGUUUUUCCGCACUGUGGGACUGCAGACAAAGGAGGAAGUCUCUGUUGAAAUCUUAAAGACCUACAUUCAGCGGUUGGUAAGUGAGCAGCACACAGAUCUAAUAGCAUUUUAUGUCAGCCACUUACCUCAGGAGCUAGCUGUUGCUCAAUAUGCUGUAUUUUUGGAAGAUGUCACUGAAACUGAGCAACGUCACCACUGCCUUGAACUAGCAAAGGAAGCAGGUCUGGAUGUUGCAACCAUAACAAAAACUGUUGUUGAAAACAUUCGCAAGAAAGAUACUGGCGAGUUCACUCACCAUGACCUUGCACUAGAUACAGGCACAACAGAGGAAGAUCGCUUGAAGAUUGAUGUGAUUGACUGGCUGGUAUUUGAUCCUGCACAGAGGGCUGAAGCACUUAAGCAAAGCAAUGCUAUAAUGAGGAAGUUCUUGGCAUCCAAGAAACAUGAAGCAGCAAAAGAUGUGUUUGUGAAGAUUCCACAAGAUUCCAUAGCAGAAAUAUACAAUCAAUGGGAGGAACAAGGAAUGGAUAGUCCGCUUCCAGCUGAAGAUGACAAUGCUAUAAGAGAGCAUUUAUGUAUCCGAGCAUACCUGGAAGCCCAUGAAACGUUCAAUGAGUGGUUUAAACACAUGAACUCAGCUCCACAGAAGCCUACUUUACUGCCACAAGCAAGCUUCACUGAGAGAGUGGCCCAUGAACAUAAAGAGAAGAAGUAUGAGAUGGAUUAUGGUAUUUGGAAAGGUCUCUUGGAUGCUGUAACAGCUGAUGUGAAAGAGAAAAUGUACAAUGUCUUGCUGUUUGUUGAUGGAGGAUGGAUGGUUGAUGUCAGAGAGGAUGCUGAAGAUGACCCUGAACGAACACAUCAGAUGAUCUUGCUGCGAAAACUGUGCCUGCCUAUGAUUUGCUUUCUACUUCAUACGGUUUUACACAGCACCAGACAGUACCAGGAAUGCCUGAGACUCGCUGAUGUGGUUGCUUCAGAGCGACACAAGCUCUAUGUGGUGUUUUCUAAGGAAGAACUCAGAAAGCUGCUACAGAAGCUGAGGGAGUCUUCUCUAAUGCUUUUGGACCAGGGUCUUGAUCCUCUGGGAUAUGAAAUUCAAUCGUAGUUCUACCAUUCUAGUAUUGACAGGAACUUUUGAAUGGCACUAUGAAUGGGAAGUCUGGACAUCCUGUUCUGUUUGAAAAAUACAUGAACUUUUGGGGUAAUAAUGUCUUUUGUAAAAUUAAACUCAGAUUUGAAUAUCUGUAAUUGAAAAAUGCUGACUAAAUACGUGAUGCAAGUUCAUAUACAGUCUUUUCUUUAAUGUUUUUCCAAUAAAAUUGCUUCAUAAGCAGAAA